AUGGAAUGGGACACCGCGUAUCGGUACCAGAUUGCCACGAUGGCGUAUGCGGCUGGCGCAGCACAUUAUCACCGGCUACCAGCCAUGCGCGGCAUGUUCAAGGAGCUGCUGGUGAAGUUAAUCGGCAAAAUGUUGAGGAGAGAAGUUUGGGGAUAUUGGUACCUCACCAGCCAGUCAGGAAUUCGAUUGAACCCGGAUCUCAAAGAGCUGAGGAAGCCGUGGGCGGACCCAGUAUGCAAGGAGAACAUCAUGUACUCGGGCCAUCUACUAUUGAUGAUCUCCUUGUAUACGAUGCUCUUCGCAGACGACCGUUUUGACAAGGACGAUAGCAUCGUCUUUGACUGGAAUCCCAUGUUCUGGGGCAUGGGCCCGGAAAAGUUCAGCUACACGAGAAGAUCGCUGCAGCAGGCUAUUGUCAAUGAGAUGGAGCGCGAGAAGUGGAUUGGAGUGUGCUGCGAGCCGAAUCUCGUGUUCAUCGUGUGUAACCAGUUUCCACUGCUUGCUAUGCGGUACAAUGACGUUACGGAUGGAACGAAGGUGUUCGACGAAGUGCUGCCGAAGUAUCAAGCGGCGUGGACCAAGAAGAACGGUUUUGUGGGCGAUAAUGGCUUGUUCAGGCUGUUUUAUGCCACAGGGCAGGACCGGACCAUCGACUCAAACAAUAUUGCACACACGGUCUGGGCCAUGGCAUUCAUGUCCUGGAACCAUGAGUUUGUCAAGUCGUUAUACCCACAGACUGGACACGGAUAUCUUCAACGAAAGGGGGACCGGCUUAACCUCAACUCGCAGACUCUUGCUAACAAGAUCCGCGAAUUAAAUCAGACGGAGGGUGCCGAUCCUGAGUCACCCGCAACAGUAGAACGUGCUAAAGCGCUCGUCGCAGGCAAACCCCCGUCGACCUUGCCGUAUAUGUCGCCCACAUUCGGCUACAUAGCGCAGUGGCUCUCUGAGGUAGAGAAUGGUGAUGAUUUGGCUGCACUCUUGCGCCAUGCAGAUGCGUAUCUGCGGCCAAGGUGGGAAAAGGGCGGGCUUUACUACGAGCGCAAUGAACAGGGAUGGGAUACCGAUGGAAACUUCACCUACGGAGAGGCGUAUACAGGGAACGCGGGCAUUGGCUACGCACGACUAAAUGUCAAAGAGGGACAGAGGAAGAUGUGGGAAAAGCCUUGGUCGAAAGCAGAUGUGGAAAGAAGACCCUGGGUCGACGGAGUGGCUCUUGAAAGCGGAAUUGACUGCCUGAGAGGCGUGUGGGAUGAGGAUGAGCGCGCUAUGGUUGUGAGCCUAAGGGCAUGGGAUGGAGAAAAGCGGAUCGUAAACAUUCUUAUGAGGGGUCUCCCUAGUGCGACUUGGGGAGCGUACAUUGACGGAGAGCUUGUACGCAUGGUGGAGGUGUCACCGAAAGACGACACCGUGACAUUAAAUGUAGAGGUGAGCGGAGAGCCUGUCGAUGUGGUGCUCGCUGAGGUAGGCAAGCAUCAGCAAUAG